AGCUGGCGACUGACAGCGCACCGCCUGGCGCCCACAGCUCUGCAGACUGAUAAGUGCUGAGAGAGAGGCAGGGGAUACUCAUUCAGGGCUGAGGACUCGCCAUAACCUCAACAACCCAGAGAGCCGUAAAGUUUAAUUAAAAAAACACCAUCCUGGUGAUCUAGAGCAUUAAUAACAGAGUUUAUGUUACAGUUUAAUGCGCCCUGGCGCGAAAAGGCGCGCACCAGAAGGUGAGCGCACAUGAGCGAACAAUUGUCCGUUUGAGUCAGUCACCGAAUAAUAACUGUGAAAAAAGCUAGCCCACCGACUGAAGAGUAAGGGGGGAGCUAUAAUGUCUAAUCUCGCCCCCUGCCAGGGGAACACGCGGAGGUCUUCAGGUGUGGCACGUGGAAAUAGACCACCGGAUUUGGAGCUGUCGGAAACCACGUUUAGCGCGCGUGAACCGGGGACAGCAGUGGGCAGCCACACGUUUUCUGAAAGCGACAAAAUGCCAGAGGACGGUAACACCCGCACCGAGGUCCCCCCGGUUCACCUCCACCCGUACUUAUCUCAUCCUCGGAUGUCUAUGCGGAUGUCGGUGUACAGCACCGGGGUCCGACCGGUGCUCACCCGCGCCUACAUCCAAGGACGCGUGUAUAACUUUCUGGAAAGGCCGUCUGGCUGGAAAUGCUUCGUGUAUCACUUCACAGUGUUUCUCAUAGUUCUGGCCUGUCUGAUCCUGAGUGUCCUCUCUACCAUCGACCAGUACCAGGACCUGGCUUACACAACACUCUUCUGGGUGGAGAUCGUCCUUGUUGUGUUCUUCGGUGUGGAAUAUUUCGUCCGCCUCUGGUCAGCAGGCUGCCGCAGUAAAUAUGUUGGCAUCUGGGGCCGACUGCGCUUUGCCAGGAAGCCAAUAUCUAUUAUAGAUCUGAUUGUAGUUGUUGCCUCAAUAAUUGUGCUGUCGGUUGGCUCCAAAGGCCAAGUGUUUGCCACCUCUGCUGUAAGAGGGAUUCGCUUCCUGCAGAUCCUGCGUAUGCUUCAUGUUGACCGGCAGGGAGGAACGUGGCGUCUACUGGGCUCUGUUGUCUUCAUCCAUCGGCAGGAGCUGAUCACCACCUUAUACAUCGGCUUCCUGAGCCUGAUCUUCUCCUCAUACUUUGUCUACCUGGCAGAGAAAGAUGCGGUCGACAGCAGCGGCUCCGUUGAGUUUGGAAACUACGCUGAUGCUCUGUGGUGGGGAGUGGUUACCGUGACGACCAUCGGCUACGGAGACAAAGUGCCACAGACCUGGAUUGGAAAGACCAUUGCGUCCUGUUUCUCAGUCUUCGCCAUUUCCUUCUUCGCCCUGCCCGCAGGAAUCUUAGGCUCGGGCUUCGCCCUGAAGGUGCAGCAGAAGCAAAGACAGAAACACUUCAACAGGCAGAUCCCUGCAGCUGCCUGCCUCAUUCAGACUUCAUGGAGAUGUUUUGCAGUGGAGAACUUUGAUUCGGCCACAUUCAAGAUGUUUUUGAAGAAGCGAUCCAACAUUCCCGCCUCGUCUUUGACUUCCCCCAAGCCCAAGAAAUCGGUGAAGAUAAGGAGGAAGUUGAAGAGCACCGACAAGGACAACGGUCUGACUUCUCCCAAAGUUCCCAGCAUCACCUUCGACUCUGUGUUUGACAGUGGGAAGGAGCUGAGUUCGGAUGUUUACAGCACUGUGGGCACAGCAGAUCGCGAGCAGUCCUGGACGUCUUUAUCUUCCCUGCAGUUCAGCUCGCCACCUCCAGUGAAAAGAAACCCUGGCCUCUUGGAUGUCCACUCCCCCGGCCCCCUCCGGAGGAACUGCAGCUUUGCAGACGACCUGGAGCUGGAGGCAGAGCGAGACAGUGAACUGGCUCCUGCCGCCUCAGUGUCACAAUUGACGGAGUCGCACCGAAAAGCCAUCCGGGUGAUCCAGAGAAUGCGCUAUUUUGUGGCCAAGAGAAAUUUUCAGCAAGCUCGUAAACCGUACGAUGUGCGAGAUGUGAUCGAGCAGUACUCCCAGGGUCACCUCAACCUCAUGGUGCGAAUCAAGGAGCUGCAGAGAAGACUGGAUCAGUCUUUAGGGAAGAUAACUUUGUUCCAGACAGGCUCAGACAGAGCCAGAGACAAAGGCACCAACUCCAUCGGGUCCAGACUCAACAGGAUGGAGGACAAGAUAACACACAUGGACCAGAUGCUGAACCGCAUCGCAGAGUCCCUGGGCUUCCUGCUGGACCAGAGGGACACCGGUGGGAGCGAAGUGGAGUGCGAGGGUGGCGGCAGGCCGAGGCCACGGCUGGGACGGACCUCUCAUGUCCUCCCCAGCCAGGACAGUCUGCCAAGCUACGACCAGCUGUCUUCAUCACCUUCGUCCUUCUCCUCCAACACAGCGGCCGGCCCCAACACCAACACCAACCCCCCCCUCAGCACCACAGCCAGUCAGGAUGAGAGCUGCUGAGACCUGACGCCAAACAGUAUCUAUCUAUCUAUCUAUCUAUCUAUCUAUCUAUCUAUCUAUCUAUCUAUCUAUCUAUCUAUCUAUCUAUCUAUCUAUCUAUCUAUCUAUCUAUCUAUCUAUCUGUCUAUCUGUCUAUCUGAUCAAUGCAGCAAAUAUUGAUUGGCAGAUCUUGCAGCUGCUGAAUGUUGGCAUCAUGAUAUUUAUGUGAAAUAUCUCAUCAGAGCACGUAUGUGUGAUAUAUGGGACAAGUGUGAAGAGAAACAACAAUUCAACACUGCAAAGAAAUGAUUUCCCUGUUGGAUUGUUGUAUAGUAGUUAUUAUAAUAAUAAUAAUAAUAAUGAUAAUAAUAAUAAUGAUAAACUUUAUUUAUAUAGCACCUUUUUAAAAUUAAUUUAUGAGGUGCUUAUAAAAUAAAAGCACAUAAAAAAUAAAAUGAAACACAAUGUUAAAAACAUUAAAUAAUACAAAUACACUAAAAGAGAAUAAGUAUAAAAGGUCUGAACUGUGCAAAGACCGUAAAUAUAAAGCACCAAGCUGCUGCCUUAAGAUUUCUUAUUUUUAAAAUGUUUUUUUAAGAGAUGUAAGCGUAGUUACUGAUCUAACCUGAGGUCAACAGGCACACUCUUCUGAAUGUUAUACUUGAGAUGUAUAGAGUGCUGCAGGAAUGAAUCCCUCCCCUCGUCCUCAAGUCUGUUUAUAAUUGGUUUAUUGUUAAAUGUCUGCGGUUAACACAUUGUCACGUUUUAUUCUACGAUAUUAAAUGCGUCAGUUCAUACCCCGGUCACGAUUUCUUUUAAGCUUUUAAAUCUCUUCAUGAAGGCCGGUUGCUAACGAGAGGCUCGGUGAGACGAUGGAGGUCGUCACGGACGUUAAACGUCAUCACAGCGAACAUUUGCUCCACACCAGUCCACCUUCACAGCCUCGGCUUUUGUAGACGAGGUAAGAGCUACAUCAAACUACAAGGGGGGAAAUUCAGCGGUGGUGACGAUGAAGUCAUGAAACCACGGUGUAGUUUGUUUAGAAACCAAACAUUUGCUUUUUUACUUCCAUCUCCAAAAGUUCCAGAUCUUAUUUUCUGCAAUAAUCCAAAAGCCAAUGUAAAAAUCCCACUGGCUUUUUGUGGAGGGGACCGGUGUGAUGCUAACUACCGGGUUAGCUAUAAAAACAUCAUCCCUGCUGCACUCUAUUCAGGUUAAAGCCAAAGACUGCUACUGCCACGGCAUCGAGAACUGUGAUUCAAAGUCCUUUAUUCUUUUGACAUAAAUGUAAUUACAUCCGUCUUCGGGGAGAGGUUAUUAUUUCAAUACUUCACUUGAAAAGUUUCAGUUUAAUCAAGUGCUUUUUUUUCACAGAUUUAAUUUCACUUUUUUUUUUUUUUUGUAAAUGUUUAGAGAUAUUCUUCUGUAGCAAUAAAAGAUUAUUAAUUA